GGGUGGAUAAAAUUAGUCUGAGGGUCUUGUUUUUUGCUGCUGCUGCUGCAUUUUGGUUGGGGGUUUUUUGGGUGGGGGGGGGGGAGAGGACUGUGUGUAGUGCUGUGAAUAUUUCUUCAGCCAGGAAAAAAAUGGGGGACAGAUUCCAAACAUUUCCAGUGUCUCCAGCUGCUGAACGCCUCCGGUAUAUCCUGGGUGAAGAUGACGACCCCCCCAACCCCACCCUGUUCACUGAGAUGGACACGCUCCAGCAUGAUGGAGAAGAAAUGGAGUGGAAGGAAUCAGCCAGGUGGAUCAAGUUUGAAGAGAAGGUAGAAGAAGGAGGGGAGAGAUGGAGCAAACCACACGUGUCAACCUUAUCUUUGCAUAGCCUCUUUGAGCUACGGACUUGCCUGCAGACGGGUACCGUGAUGCUCGAUCUAGAUGGCUACUCCUUGCCGCAAAUAAUAGAUGAUGUCAUUGAGAAGCAGAUAGAAGACGGCCUGCUGAAACCAGAACUGCGCGAGAAAAUAAGCUACGUGCUCCUGAGAAAACACCGUCAUCAGACCAAGAAACCCAUCCACCGAUCCCUGGCAGAUAUUGGCAAAUCCGUCUCAAACACAAAUCGUAGCCCUGUCCGGAGUCCAGCUGCAGGGGCCAGCUUUCAUCGUUCGUCAGAAGAUCUCAGAAUGAGGCAGAGCGCAAGUUAUGGGCGAUUACGCCAUGCACAAAGCAGAAGCAUGAACGACAUCACAGAUACACCAAGCACAGAUCAGCUCAAAAACAAAUUCAUUAAGAAGAUCCCCAAAGAUGCUGAGGCCUCCAAUGUCCUUGUGGGAGAAGUGGACUUCCUGGACAAGCCGUUCGUAGCGUUUGUCCGGCUCAUUCAGUCAACCAUGCUGGGCGGAGUGACAGAAGUGCCUGUCCCUACGAGAUUCCUCUUUAUCCUCCUGGGUCCCACUGGAAAGGCAAAAUCCUACAAUGAAAUUGGCAGAGCCAUCGCCACCCUCAUGGUAGAUGAUCUGUUCAGCGAUGUCGCCUACAAAGCUAGAGACAGAGAUGACCUGAUAGCUGGAAUAGAUGAGUUUCUGGACGAGGUCAUCGUUCUGCCGCCUGGAGAGUGGGACCCAAACAUUAGAAUAGAGCCACCCAAGAAAGUGCCCUCCGCUGAGAAGAGAAAAUCUGUGUUUUCCCUGAGUGAGGCUGGACAAAUGAAUGGCACGGCCGGAGGAGCCGGAGGCGGAGGGGGCGGAGGGGGCGGUGGGGGGGGAGGCAGCGAAGAUGACGAGAUGCCAGCUGUGCAUGAGAUUGGGGAGGAGCUUAUCUGGACUGGAAGGUUCUGUGGUGGCCUAUUUUUGGAUAUCAAGAGGAAGCUGCCCUGGUUUCCCAGUGACUUCUAUGAGGGCUUUCACAUCCAGUCCAUCUCUGCCAUCCUCUUCAUCUACCUUGGCUGCAUCACAAAUGCCAUUACGUUUGGCGGGCUGCUGGGGGAUGCGACAGAAAACUACCAGGGAGUCAUGGAGAGCUUUCUUGGCACAGCAAUGGCAGGGGCCGUAUUCUGCUUCUUUGCUGGGCAGCCCCUCAUUAUCCUGAGCAGCACAGGACCCAUCCUGAUCUUUGAAAAACUUCUCUACGAUUUCAGCAAAGGCAAUGGCAUUGACUACAUGGAGUUCCGCCUCUGGAUCGGCUUGCAUUCUGCUCUCCAGUGCCUUAUCCUGGUGGCUACAGAUGCCAGCUUCAUUAUAAAAUACAUCACACGGUUCACUGAGGAAGGGUUCUCCACUCUCAUUAGCUUCAUCUUCAUCUACGACGCCAUCAAGAAGAUGAUUGGAGCCUUCAAGUACUACCCCAUCAAUGCAGGCUUCAAGCCAGACUACGUGACAAUGUAUAAGUGCGAGUGCAUUGCUCCAGACCCAGUGAAUACAACAUUGUUCAAUGCUUCAGUUCCACUGGCCCCAAACAACACUAACAUUUCUGUGUACAAUCCUAUUAAUGUAACAGCUCUGGACUGGACCCAGCUGAGCAAAAAGGAAUGUCUGAAAUAUGGAGGAAGUCUGGUGGGGAAGUCCUGCAAAUUCGUCCCUGACCUGGCCCUCAUGUCUUUCAUUCUCUUCUUUGGGACUUAUUCCAUGACUUUGACUCUGAAAAAAUUCAAGUUCAGUCGCUACUUUCCUACAAAGGUCAGGGCCCUGAUUGCUGAUUUUUCCAUUGUCUUCUCCAUCCUGUUCUUCUGUGGAAUAGAUGCCUGUCUGGGACUGGAUACUCCCAAAUUGCAUGUGCCCAGUAUAAUUAAGCCCACUCGCUUAGACCGUGGAUGGUUUGUGUUCCCAUUUGGCAAGAAUCCCUGGUGGAUCUACUUGGCCAGCGCGCUCCCCGCUCUCUUGGUCACCAUCCUGAUCUUCAUGGACCAGCAAAUUACAGCCGUCAUAGUGAACAGGAAGGAGCACAAGCUCCGGAAAGCUGCAGGCUAUCAUCUGGACCUCUUUUGGGUGGGCAUCCUUAUGGCGGUCUGCUCAUUCAUGGGGCUACCAUGGUAUGUAGCAGCCACAGUCAUUUCCAUCGCACACAUUGACAGCUUAAAGAUGGAGACAGAGACCAGUGCACCAGGAGAGCAGCCUCAGUUCCUGGGAGUGAGGGAGCAGAGAAUCACGGGAAUCAUUGUCUUUGUUCUGACUGGGAUUUCUGUCUUCCUGGCUCCUAUUCUAAAGUACAUCCCAAUGCCUGUGCUGUAUGGAGUCUUCCUCUACAUGGGAGUGGCCUCGCUAAAUGGCAUCCAGUUUUGGGAUCGCUGCAAGCUCUUCCUGAUGCCAGCCAAACACCAGCCUGACUACGUCUACCUCAGGCAUGUCCCUCUGCGGCGAAUCCACCUGUUCACCAUGGUUCAGAUUGUCUGUCUGGCUAUCCUCUGGAUCCUGAAAUCCACUGUGGCAGCCAUAAUCUUCCCUGUGAUGAUUUUAGCCUUGAUUUUAGUCCGGAAGAUGCUAGACCUUGUCUUUUCCCAACAUGACCUCGCAUGGAUUGAUAACAUCAUCCCUGAAAAGGAUAAGAAGAAGGAGGAUGACAAGAAGAAGAAAAAGAAGAAAGGCAACAAAGGGGAGGAUGAUAGCAGUGACGAGCCCAAGCUCCCCACUCCCUCUGUCAUAACCAUCCCACUGGACCCUGUCCCAUCUGAACCCCAAAACAGUAUACAUUGCAUUUCCAGAAAGAGGUCUUCCAGCUGCAACUUUGCGUUCUGAUGCAUCUCCUAACGGGUCAGACCUGGAUCGCAGUAUUACACUUCACCUGAAGAUUUCCUGUCCAUCUUCUCCUGCAUUUAAUUACUCUCGAAAUCCCAUCUGUGCUGUGCCCCAGGUGAAGAUAGAGAUGGAGUCAGAUUAUGAAGACACUGACACAGAGAAGCACCCCCGGGACAUGGGCAGCGAGACCACUCUAUAGUCCCAGGAAUGGGGGGUCCUUUGUAUGUAGAUUUAGCAUCAGAAAAUUAGACAAUUUGUGACAUUCCAUCCUGCUUGGUCACAUGCCAUGAUGACCCUAGAUCUCCAGCUUAAGAUCCAUCCAAGCAACAUGGAAAUAGGUCUUUAAAAGUCUGUGGGAACAAAGGAACUUAUUAGAACUUGAGCUCCUUGGAUGGAGGAACAGUAUCAUUUUUGGACUUGGGUGUCUUCCCUGUGGUCUGCAGCAGUUCCUUCCAAUUGGACCUGCUGGUCUUUUCCUCUGAAGGCUCAUGGAUUUCAGUAGGAUAUCUCUCAGUGGAGCCAGUAGCUUUUUUAUUCAUUCCGUAGCUAAGCGUAGAAAACCUUCCACUCCUGUAGAAAAAGCCUCUCUCUCACUAUCAACCAUAGUACUGCAGAGGCAGGAGGAGCCGGAUUACUGCCAUCUUCAAAUGACGUAUCAUUUAUCUGAAUGCUGCACAAGCUUGUUGACGAAGGCGGAGGAGCAACAGAAUCCAGUUGCAGCAAAGCAGAUUUGGACUUCUGAUGACCCUCAACAAUUUGCCCAAGGAGACACCUCCCGUGGAAUUCCUUCAUGAGAAAUGCUGGUUGUUUGUGCAUUUGCCAUGAAGGCCCCAAGCUGGUUCCAAGAGAAUGGUCACCUUCGCCAUCCGAACACAAGGAAAUGUGGGUAAGCCCUUAGUGAAUGAGUGUUUUCUGUUAAGAGCUGGGGGUUCCCAGCAUGGCAUCCCUGGCCAACCAUAGUGCCAUGAGAUACCUCCCUCGGUGUGUGCCAAUACCACUGUCCCCAAGAAAUUGGAGAGUGGGCUUUAACAGCCUAACACCCCUUUUAAGGGACUCAAGUCCCCCAAGUUUGUUAUCAUAGAGUUGGAAUGGACCAGCCCCCUGCAAUGUAGGAAUAUGCAGCUGCUCCAUACAGGGACUGAACCUGCAAUCUUUGCAUUAUCUGCACUAUUGCUCUAACCAACUGAGCUAUUAUUGGUCAAGAGAAGAAUGAGCUGAGGCAGGAUCCAGUGAAAGCAAGGCGGAUCUUUAUUGUUCUGUUGCAACAGAAGUCCCCCCCCCACUCUGCUUGGUAGGAGGUGAGGACCCAGAUCAAAGGAGCACAUGAACUUUUAAAGGCUUUAGAAAUUGUCCCUUAGCCAAGGACCGCGCAAACAGCAUCACACACGUGUCACAGAAAAAGGCGGUCUACAACAGAAAUGUGUGUGUGUGGCUUGUCACCUGGCUGUCAUGCUAUCUGAUAGUUUGCUGAUGGCUGUUGGCCUUAACUGGCUUAAAGAUCAUUCCUUCUACUUGUCAGGAAAAAAACAUCUUGGAAUCAGAUUUUUUUCAGUUACCAUUUCUUCCGUAUUGUGCAGUUUCAAAGACUUGAUAUUUUCUUUGGAAAGGAUACUUUACUUCUAAAACAGGACUCUUAUGUACAGAAUAUUCUGGCUUGCUAAAUAUUGCACCUGGUUUGAACCUGUGUGAAAUUAAUGCUGAUUUCCUUGUAACUUUGUAAAUAUUGAAGUCAAAACAAAAGAAAAACUUGAAUUUAGCAUCCUAUUUAUCAUAUUAUGUCAAUCAAGUACCCAUUAACUGUUGGACAAAAUUCAACAAAACUGUAUUAUGCCUGGGCAACAACUUCUAAAUAGAAUUAACUUAGCCUCCCUGAAACCUAUGCCCCAUCAGUCCGUUGUAGCGUGACCAGGCUAGUGGAGGUUCGUAGGAUUUGGAUUCCUAAACCAUUGGAAGGUGCCAAGCCAAUGAAGGCUGCAAGAACAACUUGAACUUGAACAUAGCCUUGUAUAUUUUCCUUACUUAUUUUGUACCACUACUGUGUACUGCUUAGUAGAGGCUGCUUUAACAAUACUGUUAUAAAGUUUUAGCAGGAUUUGUAAAUCAAAAGAGUGUUUGUGGAAGCCAAGUGUUUCAUGCACCUGUGCUUGUGAAAUCUAUUACUCCCACCAUCAGCUACUGAGCACUGCAGUGCUCAGUGCCACUACAAACACACACACACAAUUUAAAAAGCAAAAGAUUUUCAGCCCCAGAGCUAUUACAUUGCUACUAUAGUAACAUUUAUAGUCUAAUAAAUUUUUGAACCUCUUCCUUUUGUGUUGUGCUCAUGAAAAUCAUGUUCAUCUUCAAGAGCCAAUUCAGUAUUUUGCUAAGGAUUCUCAGAUUUAUACCAUCUAAAAUGACUUGGGUGCUGUAAGUCAGGAUUCCACACCACACCAUGAUGCCCCUGUAGAUACUUUAGACUACAAUUCCCAUGACUCAUGGCCAGCAUAGCUGGAUGAUACUGGGGUUGAUGGGCACUGUUGACCACAUAACUAGAAGGCACCAGGUUGGAGAGAGAGAGUAAUAGUGUGUUAUCAGAUGUAGUCACAUAUUGGAAAUGUCAAGUGUCACAAAAAAUGGGACUCUUACCAGACUGCGAAAAAACCACAUGGGUCAUACGGAGAUUUGGUAUUCAAAAAAACCUGGGGAUACAAAUGCCA